GAAGUCUCCAUCCUUGCAUCACACGUACACAUCUAUCCAUCGAUCCAGUCCGCCCCGCAGCAGCAGCAGAUAGCUAGCUAGCUAGCAAACAAUGGCGGCGGAUCAUGAAUUGCGAGCUGCAGCAGUGGUGAUGGUGGUGGUGGUGGUGCUGGGCAUGGUGUCGACGUCGUCGGCGCACGUGUUCGUGGGGGCGUACAACACGACGUGCCCGAACGCGGAGGACAUCGUGUACAAGGAGAUGACCAGCAUCCUCGCCAAGUCGCCGGAGCUCGCCGGGCCGGUGCUGAGGCUCUUCUCCGUGGACUGCUUCGUGGGCGGCUGCGAGGGGUCCAUCCUGCUGGACUCGACGCCGGGGAACAAGGCGGAGAAGGACUCGCCGCUGAACAAGGGAGUGAAAGGGUACGAGGUGGUGGACGCCAUCAAGGCCAAGCUCGACGCCGCCUGCCCCGGCAUCGUCUCCUGCGCCGACACCCUCGCCCUCGCCGCCCGCGACGUCGUGCGCCUGACGAAAGGGCCGUACAUCCCACUUCCGACAGGUCGGAGAGAUGGCAACAGCUCUAACGCCGCCGAUGUGGCCGCCAACUCUCCUGCCCCCGGCGCCACCGUCAACGACCUCCUCACCAUCUUCGCCAAGUUCAACUUCACCGCCAAGGAUCUUGCCGUCCUCUCAGGUGCGCACACGAUCGGCAAGGCCCACUGCUCCGCCUUCUCCACCCGCCUCUACAGCAACUCCUCCUCCAACGGCGGCCCCACGCUGGACGCCAACUACACGACGGCGCUCCGCGGGCAGUGCAAGGUCGGCGACGUGGACACCCUCGUCGACCUCGACCCCCCAACCCCGACCACCUUCGACACCGACUACUACAAGCAGGUGGCCGCGCAGCGGGGCCUCCUCGCCACCGACGCCGCGCUUCUCCUCAACGCCGACACCAAGGCCUACGUCCUCCGCCAGGCCAACGCCACCUCCGACGACGAGUUCUUCGCCGACUUCAUCGUCUCCUUCGUCAACAUGAGCAAGAUCGGCGUGCUCACCCACUCCCACGGCGAGAUCAGGCACAAGUGCUCUGCUGUCAACCCGCCGUCGCCGCCGUCCUCCGCCGCCGCCUCCAUGCUCGCCACCUCGCUCGCCGGCUCGCUUCUCUUCCUCCUCGCGGGGGUCCUCGUGCUGCUCUUCUGAUCGAUCCAUCGAUCGAUCUCACACAUUUUACAUGCAUGCGUGCGUGCAAAUUGGACAAACUGUUGUACUGAUUGUUCGUACGUCGUUUCGUCGUCAUUUCUGGAUUUGUUUUACAAAAACCAAUGAUUUUUCCUUGAUUUUCUUUUAAUUUGUCAUGUGUGCAGGGUUAUAACCCUUGUUUGUUUACUUAAUUUCCAAAGGGACAAAUUUGUAUCUUGGGAGAUGAAAUCUCCGAUUGUUGUAACUGUGGCCGGACGGACGUCAAUCAAGGGCCAAAUGAAUCGUGAUUUGUUGUGAAUAAU